GAUAACAGCAUAUAACAUGGCGAAGGGCACAAAAUUGAACCUGUAUUCGAUAUUCGCAUGUACCGCAACUAUAUUGGCAGCGUCAUGGGUGUUGGCUGAGGUAGAGAAUUGCGAAAUGGACGAAAUAGAGGACGAAGCUUUAAGAGUUGAAGUAGCAUUUGCACAAGCCGGACUCAUCGAUAACUGCCUGCCUGUAGCACCAGAAGCUAUAUUAGGUGUGAAAUUCCCUACCGUUCAAGCCGAUCUGGGGAACUGCUUGUAUCCAUGCAGUACCAUACUCACACCUCUCUUAGAAUUAGAAGGCGAUCCAGAAACUAACCUCACGGUCGCUAUAAUGGACAGGGAUAUGCCUUCCGCUGCUACGCCGAUCCUGUCAAACUAUCUAAUGUACCUAUGUCUCAACGUCAAUGGAUCUAGCUUAAGCACGUUUGACAGCAGCCUGUGCGUCGCUCCGUGGAUCAAUGCCAACCCAACACCCGGCUCUGGGAAGCACCGAAUUAUGGCAAUUGCAUUCCCACAAUCCAGUUUUAUCGACUCGAGCAGCUUGUACCCAUUUAGCAUUGACCGAUAUCGGUUCAACAUGUCAGCGCUGAUAGCUAACUACUCGCUGGGAGCUCCUGUGGCUGGGAACUUCUGGAGGACCUCCAUCCCCAAGGAUUACGGGAAGUACUGUGGCAUAGAGACCACUGAAUGCUGCGCGAAGACUGGCAACCAAUAUUACUAAAUGUAUCACAAUGAUUGUUAAAUAAAUCACUG